AUGUCGUCAACCACAGAUACGAGUUCAACGUCGACACAGCAAGUGGUCACCUCGUUGAUUUUCAACGGUGCCAUUUUCGGUGUUUUCAUCGCAGCGUUUUUGUUGUUGCGUCUGAAGCUGAAGAGAACUUACGAACCCAAGUCGUCUUUCGAUUUAAUCAACGACGAGAAAAAGCCAGAGCCACUUCCUCGAGGUAUCUGGCAGUGGUUCAUGCCUUUGCUCAAGAAAUCCGAUAACUUCAUCAUCCAGCAAGCCGGGCUCGACGGGUACUUCUUUAUCAGAUACCUGUACAUUUUGUGUUUGUUUUUCGCCAUUUCGUUUGUUUGGAUCGGCCCCAUCCUUCUUCCUAUAAAUGCUGCGAACGGAGUGAAAAAGUCAGGAUUGGAUAUGCUGGCUUACCAGAACGUCAAGCACCCCGCUAGGUACUACGCCGAUGUUUUCCUGGCUUGGAUCUUCUACUGGGGGUUCCUUUACAUCAUCUACCGUGAAUUGUUGUACUACACGUCAUUACGUCAAGCUGUGCUUGCAUCCCCCCGUUAUGCAAAGAAGCUAUCUUCACGCACUGUCCUGUUUCAGUCUGUUCCACCUCAAUACCUAGUUGAAAGUGAGUUCCGGAAGUUAUUUACCGGCGUGAAGGAAGUGUGGAUUGCACGUGGUGCUUCGGAGUUGGCCAAAAAGGUUGGUCAACGUGAUCAGAUGGCGAUGAAGCUCGAGGCCGCUGAGACCUCAUACUUGAAGAAAGCUGUCAAGGUUAUAGCCAAGAAGAAGAAGAAGAACCCAGACUUUAUGCCUUCGAGCACCAUCCAAGACUACGUUCCCGAUAAGAAAAGACCUACGCAUCGUUUAAAACCUAUCAUUGGUAAAAAGGUCGACACCAUCAAUUAUUUGAAGGAAGAAAUUCCAAAGUUGAAUAGCGAGAUUGAGGAGUUACAGAUUUCACAUAUGGAAGCGCCUCCAUUCAAUUCCGUCUUUGUGGAGUUUGAUUCCCAAUAUACCGCCCAAAUGGCCGUCCAAAGUGUUAUCCAUCACUCACCCCUCAGCAUGGUCCCUGCGUAUGCCGGGAUUGAGCCACAGGAUGUCGUUUGGUUCAAUAUGCGUAUGCACUGGCUUGAGAGAGCUGUAAGAAAAUUUGGUGCCGUUGCCGCUAUCAUUGCACUCAUUGUCUUAUGGGCCUUCCCAGUUGCCUUCGUUGGUAUGAUCUCUAAUAUCAAUGCCUUGGCCAACAAGGUCCAUUUUAUUGACGUCAUUGUUAAGAACUUGGGAAAAACCUUCAGAGGGUUGUUAACGGCCAUGGCUCCAACUGUGGCGUUGGCUGUACUAAUGAUGGUUCUUCCUAUCUUUAUCAGAAAAAUGGCUCUUGUCGCUGGCUCUCCUUCCCAUCAGCAUGUGGAGUAUUUCACACAACAGGCUUUCUUCGGAUUUCAAGUUAUACAAGUUUUCCUAAUUACAACCUUGGCAUCUUCUGCUACCUCUGUCGUAACAGAAAUUGUCGCAGAUCCUACCUCUGCGAUGGACUUGCUGGCGCAUAAUCUUCCAAAAUCUUCCAACUUCUAUAUUUCCUACAUUAUUUUGCAAGGUCUCUCCGUGUCUUCUGGUGCUUUACUACAACUGGUCCCAUUGAUUUUGUUUUACGUAUUGAGUUUCAUUUUGGAUACUACUGCUAGAAAAAAAUGGGCUCGUUUCACCGGUUUGGGCAGUAUGGCUUGGGGUACAACUUUCCCCGUUUACACUAAUUUGGCAGUUGUCGUUUUCUCAUACGCGAUUAUCGCUCCUAUUAUUUUACUUUUCGCAGCUGUGGCUUUCUUCUUGCUAUACGUUGCAUAUCUGUACAACCUGACUUACGUUUUCCAAGAGUCUCCAGAUUCCAGGGGUGCACACUAUCCUAGGGCCCUUUAUCAAUUAAUGGUAGGUAUCUACAUCGGUCAAGUUUGUUUACUGGGUCUUUUCGCUGUUGGUAAAGGAUGGGGUCCAAUUGUGUUACAAUGUGUUGGUCUUGGUGUGACAGUUUUCAUUCACUUAAACUUGAACAGCGCAUUCGAUAGGUUAAUGACUUGCGUACCUGUUGACACCAUGAAACCUCUUGACGGGAAAUCGGAUACCCCAUCUUUCUCUAGCAGUGGUUUUGUCAACGAAAAGGACUCAAUUAAGGAAUUACCUCAAUUCCCCGUGAGAAAAUACCAACCCCGGUCUUCUUUACAGUUAGAUCAAAACACGACUAGUAUUAGAAGCGAAAAUACUUACGAGGUUAAUGGUACAGUGAUCUAUGAUAACGAAAAUAAUGUGACCACCGUGCCGCUAUUAGCAGAUGGCGAUGAUACUGUUGUUCCACCUGCUCCUUUCUGGAAACGUUAUUUCAAGCCCCACAUAUAUCUGUCCUACAAAGUUGCCCGCUCACGUCUACCUGAAAUUUACAAUUUAAGAGAUCCAAAUGAGAUGACAUCCACUUUACAAAUAAAGCACGCUUAUGACUAUCCAGCAGUAAGUGCAAAAUGCCCAUACUUAUGGAUACCUAAGGACCCAUACGGGUUCUCUACCGUUGAAAUUGCCGAUUUACAAAGUGCGGUUGAGAUCACUGAUGAAGGUGCAGAAUUUACUGAGUCCGGUGACAUUAUAUGGAACACUAUGCCUCCGUCAAGCAAUUAUGACGAUGUCGAGAAGGAGAACCCUUUCAAAGAGGAGGAUGAAGACGCUGCUUAA